AUGUCAGAAGAGAGUGAGUUAAUCUCUAAGACACUCUUGACGAUUGACAAGUUCAAAACUGUCGACAACUUCAAACAAGCCAUUCAGUCUAAUGAGUAUCAGGGCAAGUCCUAUUUUAUAAGAUCUUUAAUCUGGAAAACAUUGUUUUUGACGGAGAGUUUGACUAUCGACUCAUGGUCCGGUAAACUAAACGAUUGCAGGAGAAUUUUCCACGAGUUAGUUAGAAGAGAGGACAUGCAGCUACCAUGGGAUACUUUGGAUCACGAGAAUAUAUAUUAUAAGUCCAAAAAUGUUAAUCUUUCACGAUCGAAUCUGCAUAUCAAGAGAACGAAGAGCUUGAAACCAACUAUGAAAUUAGAGUUUACCAGAGUAUCAUCGGAUCCAUUAUCCACAGAGAACACCAAGCCUGGCCAUGAGACUGACGGUGAUCAUGAAUCUACCAUGGCCAAGGGUAUCAGCGACGAUACAGAAUUACUAAGUAUGAUAAUAGUAGAUGUGGAUAGAAUAUUCCCUGGGGACCCAUUCUUCACUAAGGAUAUAAAGAGGGAGCUCAUUGAGAUACUAUAUGUUUGGUCCAAAUGUAAUCAAGUGGGUUAUAAACAAGGUUUCCAUGAAAUUCUUGGUCUCAUUUUCAAAAAUUUGUACAAUGAUUGUGUAUCAAUUUCAGAUAAUUGUCCAUUGGAGGAAUUGAAGAUCCUCAAACUUUUUAACAUUAAAUUUUUCAAGCAUGACGUAUUCCAAAUUUUCAACAAGUUCUUAAACAACUUCGGAAUAGUGGAGAACUAUUACAGAGACGAGAAAGUACUUUUAAAUCAGAUUAAUGUCUUCAACAUGUACUUAUUGAAAAUUGAUCAGCUCAUACACUACAAUUUGAUUUCAAAAUUGAACCUAGAGAGUCAGUUGUGGUGCAUAAAGUACUUCAGAUUGGUGUUAAUUAGAGAGUUCGAACAUGACAAUAUCACCAAUCUUUGGGAUAAGCUUGUCACUGUCAGUCCCUUAAAAUUCCCCAUGUUCUUGAACUUCUUGAUUAUAACAAUGAUGAUCAACUUGAAAUCCAAUUUGAUCAUAGGUGAUUUCACCGAAUGUUUAUCAUUACUAUUGCAUUAUCCUACGGACCUGGAUACUAAAUUCAUGACGCAUUUGUUCGACUUUUCCGUCAAGUUGUUGGAUAACAAGGACGAUGAUUUGAAGUUGUAUCAAUUGGGGAUGAAAAUUAAUAGUACCUUGAAUCCAAACUUGAAAAUUUCAUUAUCGCUUAAUAGCGGAACAAAGGAAUUAGAUGCCAAGGACAAAAUGGCAUUAGAAAAGUACAGGAUGGAGAUGAGGUUGAAAAAAAGAGUUCAACUGCUAAUGAGGUAA